UGCAGGGCAGGGGUGGUAUAUCCUGUCUGACGGAGGGCGGGCCUCGCCAGUGCCAGAGAGGGACGAGCCAGGGUGGAGGCGCCAGGAGCAGCUGCCGGGAGCCCUCACGCGGACCACUCACUCUAUGGCCACAGGGUGCCGCUGAGCGCGAGAAGAGCCCGCUCCCGCCCGCCCGCUGCACCGCACCUCGCCGCGCUCGCCGCUCUCCCGCGCCCGGCCCGCGCCUCCCGCCUCCCGCCACCAUGAACCCCUCGCCGCUCAAGACCGCCUUGGCGUACGAAUGCUUCCAGGACCAGGACCACUCCACGCUGGCUUUGCCGUCGGACCAAAAGAUGAAAACGGGCACGUCUGGCCGGCAGCGCGUGCAGGAGCAGGUGAUGAUGACCGUCAGGCGGCAGAAGUCCAAAUCUUCCCAGUCGUCCACCCUGAGCCACUCCAACCGAGGUUCCAUGUAUGAUGGCUUGGCUGACAAUUACAACUAUGGGACCACCAGCAGGAGCAGCUACUACUCCAAGUUCCAGGCAGGGAAUGGCUCAUGGGGAUAUCCGAUCUACAAUGGAACCCUCAAGCGGGAGCCUGACAACAGGCGCUUCAGCUCCUACAGCCAGAUGGAGAACUGGAGCCGGCACUACCCGCGGGGCAGCUGUAACACCACCGGCGCAGGCAGCGACAUCUGCUUCAUGCAGAAAAUCAAGGCGAGCCGCAGUGAGCCCGACCUCUACUGUGACCCACGGGGCACCCUGCGCAAGGGCACGCUGGGCAGCAAGGGCCACAAGACCACCCAGAACCGUUACAGCUUUUACAGCACCUGCAGUGGCCAGAAGGCCGUGAAGAAGUGCCCUGUGCGCCCGCCCUCCUGUGCCUCCAAGCAGGACCCCGUGUAUGUCCCGCCCAUCUCCUGCAACAAGGACCUGUCCUUCAGCCACUCUAGGGCCAGCUCCAAGAUCUGCAGUGAGGACAUCGAAUGCAGUGGGCUGACCAUCCCUAAGGCUGUGCAGUACCUGAGCUCCCAGGAUGAGAAGUUCCAGGCCAUUGGGGCCUAUUACAUACAGCAUACCUGCUUCCAGGAUGAAUCUGCCAAGCAACAGGUCUAUCAGCUGGGAGGCAUCUGCAAGCUGGUGGACCUCCUCCGCAGCCCCAACCAGAACGUCCAGCAGGCCGCGGCGGGGGCCCUGCGCAACCUGGUGUUCAGGAGCACCACCAACAAGCUGGAGACACGGAGGCAGAAUGGGAUCCGCGAGGCUGUCAGCCUCCUGAGGAGAACCGGGAACACGGAGAUCCAGAAGCAGCUGACCGGGCUGCUCUGGAACCUGUCUUCCACUGAUGAGCUGAAGGAGGAGCUCAUUGCCGACGCCCUGCCUGUUCUGGCCGACCGCGUCAUCAUUCCCUUCUCUGGCUGGUGUGAUGGCAACAGCAACAUGUCCCGGGAAGUGGUGGACCCUGAGGUCUUCUUCAACGCCACGGGCUGCUUGAGGAACCUGAGCUCAGCCGAUGCAGGCCGCCAGGCCAUGCGUAACUACUCAGGGCUCAUUGAUUCCCUCAUGGCCUAUGUCCAGAACUGUGUGGCGGCCAGCCGCUGUGACGACAAGUCCGUGGAAAACUGCAUGUGUGUCCUGCACAACCUCUCCUACCGCCUGGACGCCGAGGUGCCCACCCGCUACCGCCAACUGGAGUACAACGCCCGCAACACCUACACCGAGAAAUCCUCCACUGGCUGCUUCAGCAACAAGAGUGACAAGAUGAUGAACAACAACUUCGACUGCCCCCUGCCCGAGGAGGAGACCAACCCCAAGGGCAGUGGCUGGUUGUACCAUUCAGAUGCCAUCCGCACCUACCUGAACCUCAUGGGCAAGAGCAAGAAAGAUGCCACCCUGGAGGCCUGUGCGGGUGCCCUGCAGAACCUGACGGCCAGCAAGGGGCUGAUGUCCAGUGGCAUGAGCCAGUUGAUUGGGCUGAAGGAAAAGGGCCUGCCGCAAAUUGCCCGCCUCCUGCAAUCUGGCAACUCUGAUGUGGUGCGGUCCGGAGCCUCCCUCCUGAGCAACAUGUCUCGCCACCCUGUGCUGCACAGAGUGAUGGGGAACCAGGUGUUCUCGGAGGUGACCAGGCUUCUCACCAGCCACACUGGCAACACCAGCAACUCCGAAGACAUCUUGUCCUCGGCCUGCUACACCGUGAGGAACCUGAUGACCUCGCAGCCACAGCUGGCCAGGCAGUACUUCUCCAGCAGCAUGCUCAACAAUGUCAUCAAUCUGUGCCGUAGCAGCGUCUCGCCCAAGGCUGCAGAAGCUGCCCGACUUCUCCUGUCUGACAUGUGGUCCAGCAAGGAACUGCAGGGUGUCCUCAGACAGCAAGGAUUCGAUAGGAACAUGCUGGGAACCUUAGCCGGGGCCAACAGCCUCAGGAACUUCACCUCCCGAUUCUAAGAAGAGGCUAUCCAAGCAAGUUGGCUUGCAGGAAGAUGUGACCCAGCUGAGUAGGCUUCAGUCCUCUCUGGAUGGGUUAGUCUGUCCAUCCUGUGCAGUAUUUGGAAAAGUUCACACGCAAUUGAGAAGAAACCUGGAAACUGUGGAUAACAGAAAUGUUUUUAAAUUUUUUUUUUUCCUUGGGAGAAAUGGCAGGCGAUGGGGGUUAGGGAGGUCAGGAGGGGGCUUUCUUGAGUUAAAGGGGCUUAUAUGUAAUAUUUCUUCCUCUGAGAAAUGGUAUAUAUAUAUGUGUAUAAUGUAAGUGUGUGCAUGCGUGUGAGCGUGCAUGUGUGUGUGAGAGAGUGUCUUAAAGCAUAACUGCAAACUGCAAAAAGCUAUUUUAUUGCAGCUCCUAAGGUGGUGGAAAGGACUCUCCACUUUCUUACUCAUAGGCAAGGACAACGUGCUUUUUGGUGAGCUGCUCAUAGUUCCUGAGAUGUAUGGUCCCAGGGCAAGGGGCAUCUCUGCAGUCAGGCCCUUGGAGGAGUCCUGCGGGCUUCCUACCAGCGGUCUCCAGGGGUGCAGGAGGAACUGGGGCUGGGCCAGCCUCCCCGCUUACAAGGCUACUUUCCGAGAAGGGAUGUCUGGUGUAUCUCAUGGGAAAAUCCUGGCGUGUCUGAUGAUGCCAGCCCUCAGGCCGUGCCACAAGGACUGAGGUUGGGCAGGUGUGAGGCUCCAGAGGACGGCAGGACACGCUCGCAUGCUUUGCCAAAUGAGGCUUUCUCAGGGGAGUAGGAGCUGAAAGGUGGUACCUGCCAUUUUCUUGGGCUGUGUGCCCAUCAGAGCAGGCUCAACCUCCAAAGUGCCUGCAUUCAGAGGUCUUGUCAUCUACCUGUUGCAGGAGAAAGAAGGUAAAACAUGAUUUGUUGAUUAUUAUUAUUUUUUAGCCAAAGCUAUUUUAUUGCAGCUCUUCCCCAAGAGCUGUUCUGAGAAUGGCUGUUUGGUCUUCAUAUUCCCAGUGGCGUGGAGAGGGGAACAGGAAGGGUUGGGCAUAUACCAGGCUGGAAUGCCAGCUUCUAGUGGGAUGGAGUUGGAGGGUAGAAAUGAACCAGGAAGAUGUUUCCACCAAGCCUGCUGUGAGUCAGUUGAGGGAGUGUUUGGGGUCCCAGGAGUCUUGGAGGUGGGGAGUUUAGGUAGACUGGGAAAGGAAAGUGCCAUAUCAGAGUACCGGCAAGCCCACAGCCCAGCCAGGGGCUGCCCCCCACUUCCCCUGAACCCAGCUGUCCUGGCUCCACUCUGCGGAACCCCCAGGAGAUGUGAUAAACAGGCCCAUUAGGGGCAUCAGCCAUAUUGAGCACCCGGACUCUGUGCACUUCAAAUGAGCAGUAGCAGGAGGGCUCCCGAGGGCCUUAUGAGGAAACCCACUGUGGACGGCCCUUGGUGAAGACUAAGACCGAGCAGAACCCAGGGCUCCCAAGCCUUGCUCCUUCCAACCUUCAGCCUCCAGGGCUAGCAUUGCUGGUGGUAGAGAGGAAUUGACUUCCUGGUCUGUGCCCUUCUCUAGACAAAUAUAAGAUGCUCUUCCUCCUCACUCCUUCUCAGCUUCCUCCUAAGUCUCCUCUUCUGCACCACCCCCAAGUCCAAACCCACCUGUUGCCCCCCAGCAAUCAGAACGAGAAAACACUGAUGUGGACUCAGAAUGACAACUGAGGGUGAGAAGCCGGACAUGUGAGGACGCUGUCCUCUGAGAGGUGUCCCUGGCCAUCAGCCAGCUGUGCUGCAGUGCUGAGGGUCUGUCAUACCCUCCCUUGCGUCUGCUCACACCGGGAGGCCCAUCCUGGCCCACCUCUCCCUCUUGGGGUCCCACGUGGGAGGCUGGUCUCCCUAGGAUUGUUCUGGGCAUAGGUUUCAGGGUGCCUCCUCUGCUGUCAUCAGAACCCAGAGAAAUUUAUCUCCUAAAAGAGAUUUGUGGCACACCAAUCUGUGCCAGGCAGUGUCCUAAGCACUUAGACCACAGUCAGAGAAGAAAACAGACCACAUCCCUGUCCUCAUGCAGCUCAUGUUUUCCUGGAGGAGAGAGGAGACAUGAGUUCUUGGCCUUAGAAGCUCCUCCAGAUAGGGGCUGUUCAGCCAGUCAGGGCGGGAGGGAAAUCCAUGUGAAACUUACCAGCCCAGGUGGGAGGGAGCCCCUUCCCCUUAGCACUGCCCUGGCCUCCUGCACGUUCCUCCCACCCCUGCAAGAUGAAGAGCCCGGUGGGCUCAGCCCCUGCCCUGGGAACAAGGCAGCUUCCUGGGCCUCAGGGCCUCAGGUGGACAGUUAGGGCAGGCUUGACUUUGGUGAUCUUGCCCGUUCCCUCUCAGGCCAGCUCAGGUCAUCUGGGCCUCUGACCCAGGCCUGUCACUUUGGAAGGAGCAAAAUCGAGAGGGGCUUUUCAUAGAGAAAGAGACCAGGAAUUUGCCAGGCUUCAUCUUAGCCAACACGUGUCUUGGGAUUUUAAGUCCACAUUGGCAUCGCACUACCAGGACCAAUGCCCAAAAUAAGAAGUUCCAAUUUGGGGCCAAAUGAGGAAGGACACAGACUCUGCCCCUAGCCCUGACCCCUGGGACCUCCUGUGCUUAAGACAAAUCCAGUCACUGGCCACCAGCCACCUCUGCAGUGGGGACUAUACCACCAGCCCUGACUCCACACUCCCUCCAGGGACCCAAGAGGCGGUGACCUUGAAACCUGGCUGAGAGGUGGAUGGCUGGGAGGGACCCAGACUGCAGCCAGGGCUGGGCAGGGAAGGGAAGCCCAGGGCUGCUGUGAGGGACCUGGGAGCCUCCCUGUAGCCCACCCUUCCCUUGCUUCCUGCUUGUAGAAUAAUCUUGUGCUGGCCAGGACCAGUUUCCUUGUGUGAUACACGAAUGUAUUUGCUUUUUUGGAAAUAUAGAAAAUCAAUAAAUUGCUAGUGUUUCUUUGAACUUU